GGCGUGCAGAGAGAGAGCGAGAAGGCAUUAAGGGAACACGUGGCUGCUGGGGUCGGGUAGCUGUCGAAACGGGCACAGCCCCUGCGCUCCCGGGAUUUGGUGUACUGCCGCCUCCGCCUCCUCCCACCCGCAGUUGCGGGCGGGGGAAGGGAGGGAGGGAAGGGGGGGGGCUGGAUCUUCUGGAUCCCCCUCCCCGCUCCCCCUCCCCCCUCGCAAGCAUCAUGGCGCUGCGCUUGGCCGCAGCCGGCUGUUAGGCUGCGCGCAACGCUGCGCCCCGCUCCCGCCUGGCUCCCUGGCCCGCAAUCGGGUCUCACUCGCCGCAGCCGCCGCCACCGCCGCCGGCCUUGGCCGCCUCUCCGGGCCGGGCGAUGCGGCGCUGUUCGACCCAGCCGGGCUCCGCCAGGCCCCCCCGCGCCAUUCCCAAAGGCUGACUCGGGCGGGCCGGAGCGCAUCGCUAGCAGGAGCCGCCGCCGAGCCCAGCCGCCGUGGGGACAGGUGCCCCUUGCUGCGGAAGGCUGGCGUCGCUGUUGCAGCUGGAAGCCGCCACCCACUGCCUGCCCUUUGCCCCCAUGACGAGGUGGACCCGCACCCGCGCCGUGCCUGGAUAAGGUCCCUCGGAUGGCCUGUGUGCUGCCCGCGCUGCUCUACAGCUCCAAGAUGCUGUCUCGCAAGAAGGCCUUCCUCCUCCUCCUCCUGGCCUUCAGCACUGGCACGUUGCUUCUGCGUCAAAGUGCCCACCUUGGCUGGUUCCCCAAGUCGCCCCUCUUCAGCUGCGCCCCGCCGCUGCCCGCCCGCCCCAAGCACACCGCCGUGGCCUUCCUGAAGACCCACAAGACGGCCAGCACCACCGUGCAGAACCUCCUCUUCCGCUUCGCCGAGCGGCACAACCUGACGGUGGCCCUGCCCCACCACGCCUGCGACCACCAGUUCUGCUACCCCCGCAACUUCUCGGCCCGCUUCGUGCACCCCUACACCCUCCCGCCCCGCCUCAUCGCCAGCCACCUCCGCUUCAACCGCGACGAGCUCCAGCGCCUGAUGCCCAACGACACGGUCUACGUCACCAUCCUGCGCGAGCCGGUGGCCAUGUUCGAAUCGCUCUUCAGCUACUACAACCAGUACUGCCCGGCCUUCAAGCGGGUGCCCAACGGAUCCAUGGAGGCCUUCCUCGACAACCCGCACCGCUACUACCGCCCCCACGAGAAGUUUGCCAUGUACGCCCACAACACCCUGCUCUUCGACCUGGGGGGCGACCCUGACCACAGCCCUGACGACGCCAAGUACCUGCCCGGGUUCAUCCGCCAAGUGGAGGGCAUCUUCUCCUUGGUCAUGCUGGCGGAAUACUUUGACGAGUCCCUGGUCCUCCUGCGUCGCCUCCUGGCGUGGGACCUGGAGGACAUCCUCUACGUCAAGCUGAACAUGCGCAGCCCGGAGUCCAAGCUCAACAUCACCUCGGCCCAUGUGGCGGCCCAGAUCCGCGCCUGGAACGCCCUCGACGCCCGCCUCUACGGCCACUUCAACGCCACCUUCUGGCGCAAGCUGAGCGAGGUGGGGCCGGAGUGCGUGCAGAAAGAGGUGCAGGAUCUCCGCCGGGCCUGCGCCCGCCUGGCCCGCCACUGCCUGGGGGGGCGUCCCCAGCUCCGCCCCGCCAUGCAGAUCAAGAACAAAGAGCUCCGGCCCUGGCAGCCCAGUGCCAAAGUCGACAUUGUGGGCUACGACCUCCCGGGCUCCGGGGCGCCCUUGGACGAACAGUGCCUCAAACUCGUGAUGCCGGAGGUGCAGUAUUCCCGCUACCUGUUGCGGAAGCAGAGCCUGAGGAACCGGAGGAGGGCGGCCCUCCACCGGCCUCUCCCGCCCCGUGGACUGCUGCGACCCCCACGGCACCCUGCUCCAAAGGCGGUCUAAGCACCGUUGUGGCAGCUGGAAGACCUGGAAGACGGCUUCUUCUCUGCACACACACCAGCUUCGGACCGGCCCUUUCCCGCCUCCCUGCGGCUAGCCCGGCAGGGGGCUGAGUUUGCCCCAGCUCUGUGCUGUCCCAUGAGCCUUUGCAAUGCCUAGUUUGGGGUGGGGGGAAGCGUUUGGUUUCUGGCCCGGAUUUUGGGAGGAGGGAGGGAGGAGGCGAGCCUAUCUUCUAAUUUGCUGGUGACUCUUCCUUGGGAUUUUGGACCGUCGGAUAUUGACCCUGUUUUCCCCUGUAACCACUCAGGACCCCGGCCUUUGGGUGAGCGGGUCUCUCACCCGCCCUGCUGCUGUGUGAAGUGUCUUUGGCUGAGUGGAUUCAUCGCCAGGUUUUUGAGGCCUAGCUUGGCUAUUCCAUUUGGGCCCCGUUUCUCCCGUACUUCGGAACGUUCCUGGACUUGCGGUCACCCCUGACCCUCCUUGUGGGAAGAGGAGGGGAGACUGGGGUGGUGAUUUCCCUGUAUCGCACAGGCACCCCCUUCCUUCUCCUCACCCGAGACAUCCAGUUCUUCUACUCCUCCAAAUAUUUAUAUAUCCCGCUUCGCGACAAAAGUCCUCGAAGCGGUUUGCCUCGAAAAAAUAAACAAUAAACACCCAAGAUGGUUCCCUGUCCUGAAAGGGCUCACCGUCUCCCGUCACCGGGAGAGGAGAGCUGGUCUCGUAGUAGCAAGCAUGACUUGUCCCCAUAGCUAAGCAGGGUCUGCCCUGGUUGCCUAUGAAUGGGAGACUUGAUGUGUGAGCACUGCAAGAUAUUCCCCUCAGGGGAUGGAGCCGCUCUGGGAAGAGCAGAAGGUUUCAAGUUCCCUCCCUGGCAGCAUCUCCAAGAUACGGCUGAGAGAGACUCCUGCCUGCAACCUUGGAGAAGCCGCUGCCAGUCGGUGAAGACAAUACUGAGCUAGAUAGACCAAUGGUCUGACUCAGUAUAUGGCAGUUUCCUAUGUUCCUAUGUCUAAAAAGAAAAAGAAGGAAUAAAGCUAGAUACCGGCAACAGCCACUGGAGGGGUGCUGUGCUGGGAUUAGGGACAGUUGCUCCCCACCUACUAAAUACUAGAGAAUCCCCACUUUGAAAGGUGCCUCUUUGCUCAGCCAGCUGGGUCUCUCCUCCCUACCGCCUCCGAAUGUGCAGAUUAUGCCUGCACCACUGCUCCAUUUCCCACCCUCUUAUCUUCGGCUCCAGAGUAGCAGUCCUUUCCUCCUUGCUGGCUGUUUAUUUGGGACCCCUCCCCCGUCCAUUCUGCUGGGGACUCGCCCGGGUUCGGCUCCGGUAUCUGUUCUCCCACGGCCCUAGAAGCUUGUAACCCGGAAGAGAACAAUUUCGGUGUGUUUUCCCGAAGGAGAAGCAGGAGGCCAAAUAAAGCCUGAACUGAUAGAAAAACUGG